GGCACUACCCAAAAGGAGACCCCAGGGCCCUACCCAAAAGGAGACCCCAGGGCCCUACCCAAAGAGACCCCAGGGCUCUACCCAAAAGGAGACCACAGGGCCCUACCCAAAAGUAGACCCCAGGGCCCUACCCAAAAGGAGACCCCAGAGCCCUACCCAAAAGGAGACCCCAGGGCUCUACCCAAAAGGAGACCCCAGGACUCUACCCAAAAGGAGACCCCAGGGCCCUACCCAAAAGGAGACCCCAGGGCUCUUCCCAAAAGGAGACCCCAGGGCCCUACCCAAAAGGAGACCCCAGGGCCCUACCCAAAAGGAAACCCCAGGGCCCUACCCAAAAGGAGACCCCAGGGCCCAACCCAAAACGAGACCCCAGGGCCCUACCCAAAAGGAGACCCCAGGACUCUACCCAAAGGAGACCCCAGGACUCUACCCAAAGGAGACCCCAGGACUCUACCCAAAGGAGACACCAGGACUCUACCCAAAAGGAGACCCCAGGGCCCUACCCAAAAGGCUGACCCAGGGCUCAAAAGGCUGUCCCCAGGCCCUACCCAAAAGGCUGUCCCCAGGCCCUACCCAAAAGGAGGCCUGGGGACAGACAAACCCUUACCUCUACCCUGA